AGUUUGUCACUUGUCUUCACUCUUCAGUAAUCAGUUCAGACUUCAACCAGUUCAGUUGACUGCAUCGUUUAUCGUAUUUUCUGUACAAGAAAACAGUUUUCCAAACGAUGCAUGCGUUCUUGAAAACCGGGAAACUUGGCCCUGGUGAGAUUAAAAAGCCAUCGACUUCUCGCACAAAAGAGAAAAGUGGACCUGCACCUCCUUGGGUUGAAAAAUACCGCCCGAGAACUGUGGAAGAUGUAGUUGAACAAGCGGAAGUAGUCCAAGUUCUUCGGCAAUGUUUAACCGGCGGAGAUUUUCCCAAUUUAUUGCUUUAUGGACCACCCGGAACAGGAAAAACCAGUACAAUUUUGGCAGCAGCUAGACAGCUUUUUGGAGAUAUAUACAAGGACAGAAUUUUGGAAUUGAACGCCUCGGAUGAGCGGGGAAUUCAAGUAAUAAGAGAUAAAGUCAAAACUUUUGCACAACUCACGGCUGGCAACACAAGACGCGAUGGCAAGCCUUGUCCCCCUUUCAAGAUAAUAAUUCUUGAUGAAGCAGACAGUAUGACUGGAGCUGCUCAAUCCGCGUUACGUCGUACAAUGGAGAAAGAAUCUCACAGCACCAGAUUUUGUCUGAUUUGUAACUACGUUUCUCGUAUUAUCGAGCCCUUAACUUCUCGAUGUACGAAAUUUAGAUUUAAACCUCUGGGCGAGGAGAAACUUAUUGAGAGAUUAGAGUUUAUUUGUGCAGAAGAGGAUAUGAAAGCCGAGAGACCUGUACUUGUGAAAUUAGUGGAAGCUUCUGGUGGAGACUUGCGAAGAGCGAUUACCUCUUUACAAUCGGUGACGAGACUUAAAGGAAAAGGCAUUGAAGUACUUAUUGAUGAUGUUCUUGAAGUCACCGGGAUUGUUCCUGAUCAUUGGUUGCACGAUUUGCUCGAAGUUUGUAAAACACAGGAUUAUACCAAGGCUGAAGAAUUUGUUGAAAAAUUUAUGAUGGAAGCCUACUCGACAACUCAGGUGAUAGAUCAAAUGAACGAAAGAAUUAUUUACUCGAAUUCGUUAACAGACAAGCAAAAGGCGCACAUUGGUGAAAGGCUUGGGGAAUGUAGCUACAGAUUGCUGGAUGGAGGCAGCGAAUAUGUACAAUUAAUAAACUUAUGCUGCGGUAUUAUGCAAGCGUACGAAAUACGAUGAAAACCGCCCGUCGCGCCAAUUUUCCUUUGUACAGUCAUCAAAUAUUCCUAAUUUGUUUUUCUAUUUUUUUAAUAUAAUAUAACUCAAGUGAAUAAAAUUCAUCCUAAAAACGAAA